AGGGCGACGACAGCAAGCACAGAAUAAAUGAGAAACCUCAAUCGAUUUGCGAGAAAGAAGUGACAAAGUGACCCCUUCCCUUUUUCAUUCGUAGGGUUAAGGCAAUUUUCUCUUCACUAAAGACGCUGUGCGACCAUGUUACGGAUCCUUGACAGACCAGACCGUGACUGAGCCGUGAAAGACUGACCGCCGCUCAUUGAAUGAGCCACCCUUGGCCAUUGACUUGCCUUGACUUCAGCCUUCGCGAUCAUCAGCCAUCGAUCGAUCGCUUGGGCAUCCAUCGGCCUCAUCUAUCACUCGUUUAUUGUUGCUUGCUUGCUGCCAACAGGUCCUCCACGCAUUGGAUUGCCGUGAGUUUUUUUGGUUUUUCGUGGAGAUAGAUUUACACUUACUUGUCAUCAGCUGAACUGGACUACUUGCAUCAACCAAGCAAAAGAGAACAACAACAUGUCCAAGAACUUUUUUGCGGCAUUAGACGACUCGGGCGAUGAGGCUCCUGCUCCUCCCAAGUCAAAAGCCGUAGAAAAGAAGCCGCAGAACAAGGCAAAACCAAGCAAUAACAAGUUUGCAGAGCCAUCGAAAACGGAUCCAAAAAGGCGACCCAAUACGAAUGAUCGCAAUACCAAGUAUGGUCGAGGCGGCCGUGGCCCCGUGAGAGAUGGAAAACGCCAAUACGAUCGUCGAUCGGGAACUGGACGUGGACGCGAGGUCAAAAAAGGAGGAGGUGGUGCCCGAAAUUGGGGAUCCGACAAAAAUGAGGCUCGUCAAGCCGAAGGACACGUCGAUGAAGAUGCCGUCGUGACGCCUCCAGAAGAAGGCAAGGAGGAUGUCACCGAACAGGGUGCUGCCGAAGGAGAAGAAGCCCCUGUCGAAGAGGAAGAAGCUGUACCCGAGCCGGAACCCGAACCAGAGGAUAUUACCUUGUCCUACGAAGAGUACAUGGCAACCAAAGCCAAUCCUGACAAUGAAGCCUUUGCUCCCGUCAAGGAGAGGGAGGUGGCGAAUGAAUUUGCCGGUUUGAGCGUGAAAAAGAAGGAAGAGGAUGAAGAUUUCAUGAUGAUGGGUGGAGGCAAGCAGAAAAAGAAAAAACAAAACAAAGGAGCUCCGAAACAAUCCAUCACAUUGGACUUUCGAGUCACCAGUAGUAGUGGUGGUGGUGAUGACCGACGAAGAGACUCGGGUGGUCGUGGAGGUAGAGAUGGAAGAGGAAGAGGCCGUGGUGGACGAGGAGGCAGAGAUGGAAGGGGUCGAGGACGUGACGGAGGAAGAGGAGGCCGUGAUGGUGGAAGAGGAGGACGUGGCGGAAGAGGCCAAGGAGGAGGACGUGGUGGUGGUGGUGGAAGAGGCCAAGGAGGAGGACGGGGUCUCAACGUCAUGGAUGAAUCGGCUUUUCCCUCGCUGGGUUAGGCUUUGUGUAUUGUAGUUGCAAGAGCAGUCAAUUCACUUCACUUGCAAGCAGCAGCAACAACGACAAACCGCAAAACACACACACACACACACAUUCUCUCGGGAUAACAUCAUCACCAUUACAUGUUGCACACACACAGAAUCAUACAACCAAACGGCUCGCCACUGUAAGAGGACUUGAAAGUGGACAGCCACGAAUAGAGAGUUUGUUGUGGCUGUUGUCUGGAUGAAGCUAAACAAGCAGUUAACCUUGGAUGGCUGAUUUUGAUAGUCGUACCGUAGCUAGCUAGAUUCUUCUACAUGCACAUCUGAGAGAGUUACAGUAGCUUUUUGAUGCUUACCGGUACCAGGUACUUGCUUCCGGUACCAAGGCUCGGGAGCAGAACCAAAAGCACCCAGGUGCACGGAGGGAACUUUUGGUGGUAAACGCUAACCCUAAAGGAGAUUCACACUUCAUCAGCUCAUUUUUUCAGGGAUAAACCGAGGCCCCACGCCAACCUCCAAUUCCUUCAGCCAAGUGCUUUGCUUCAUUUAUUUCGGCUUGACAAUGGAUCUUCCUUCCAAAUGCAGGCAGCUCCUUCGAACUGCCGUGAUUGCUGCAGUUAUUGCCUU